CCAUUCAUCUGGUCAUAUAUAACCGGGUCCCACUGACGAAGUCGUUCACUCGGGGUAAAAGUGAAACAUAUUUAGAGCGAGAGGAAGCAGCACAUUUAGAAUCAUGGCGGAGGAAAUACGUCCAGAGAUAAGGCAGAAGACGAGGAUCUCUCUUAAGGAAACGUUCAACAAAUAUAUGCCAGAGCUCAAUGAGGAAAAUUUAUACUAUGGUGGAGUUAUGGUGGCUGUGUUGGUUGGUCUCCUCACUCUAGUAAUUUUGUGGCGUGUGGUGCGUGCAACUAGUAAACGACGGGCAGUGCUGCUUAUGGGACUAUGUGAAUCUGGCAAGACUCAGCUAUUUUCACAGUUGUGUUAUGGAACUGAUGUUCUCUCUGUUACUUCCAUCAAAGAAUCUGUUGGAGAAUUUGUGCUCGGAAAGAAAUUUUUACCUAUUUAUGAUCUUCCUGGACAUGAACGAAUUCGUUCUGCUCUGUUUGAAAAGGUGAAGAAGUUAGCUCGUGGCAUUAUCUUUGUCCUGGAUUCUGCUACUAUUCAGAAGGAUGUUCGGGAUGUUGCAGAGUUUCUCUACACAAUUUUGUGUGAUGGAAGUGUACAGAGCGGGACAUUAAGAGUGCUGGUGGUUUGCAACAAACAGGACCUCAAACUGGCCAAGGCGGCACCACUCAUACAGAAGACACUUGAGAAGGAAAUGAAUUUGCUGCGAGUGACGAGAGCCAGGCAGCUGCAGGCGGUGGGUGAGGCCAGCAACAACAAUACCUUCUUAGGCCGGCAGGGACAAGACUUUGAGUUCAGUCAUCUUGGAAACCUGAAGGUCGAAUUUGUAGAGACUGUAGCCAAAGGAGGGGAAAAAUUGGGACCUGUCACAUCAUGGCUGCAACAGAUUGCUUAAUACAAAGCUGAAAUUAUGAGUAUUAAACAGAUCUUAAACACUUUUUUGUAAACAGGUGAGAAACACUUGAAGCAGCCCAGAUAAUGAUGAUGGUGUGUAAAAUAACUAGUAAGACUGUAUUGCCUCAAAUUGUGACAGCACUGAAUAUAAGAAAACAGUAUAAUGAAGAAUUGUUUGAGUUUAUCCAAAAGUAUGUGGGAGAUACAGCACUCUGGUUGAAUAAAUAUGCCCUAUGAUCUCAUUUAGUCACACAUACAGUGUGCAUGACACAACAGCUCAUGUAUGCCUACUAAAUAUGAAAUGAACAACAGUACAUUUUUUGCUAUUCUUUCCAGAUUAUUGAAAAUGUGUGUUAAUACUGUAGUUUGUUUAGCGUGUGCAAUUUAAUACAUUAGUUGCCUCCUCAUGCCUCCCUUAGUACAGUACUGGCAAGAUAUGGUGUUGGUUUAGUUUUAUAUAUGUAAUAUUGUAUUGCAGUUAAUAUGCAAGGUCAACACCCUAUAGAAUAUCACAAAAUUUUAGGGAUUUUUGUGAAGAAAAUGCAGAUAAUAAUUCAAACAUUUGCUCUAUGUUCAGAAUUUAUUUGGUGACUAAGAGUAUAAGAGGAUUUUUAUAGCAAUAAAUUAACAAUAGAAUACAUGAUUGGUGGUGUUGCCUUGUAUACCAUUUCACAUUACAAAAUACAGCACUAAGCUGUUACUUAAUUAUGCAUUUGAAAUGAAUAUAAUGAUUAUGUAAAACAUUUGAUUCAUAAACUGUAUUUUUUUAGUAAAGUAUCUCGCUUAUC